CGCAACAAUAGAGUGUACCAUUUCUGCUGUUGUGAGAACGUGCUAAGAGUUGAAGAUUUCGUACCCGAUUGUGCUCGGUAACUAACGUCGUGGCCGUUACGAGCCGUGACCUUAUACGUUUCUUGUUUAAUAUUGUACACUAACCCACCACCCCCAAAUUAUAUGCAAGCUUUCCGUUGCGGGGAAGAUGGAGUCGCACGAUGGAGUGGCGGCCGGACCGAAAAUAGAACAGCCAAAAAAAGGAAACGCUGUCACUUCUCAGCAGUCAGCGUCACAGCAGCAGCUAGGAGGGCAGUCAAGAAAAAUGGAUGCCGCAUCAGUUGAAUCUUCACCGCCACCAUCGGCGGAAGCGCCGAAAUCGAAAAAAGACAAGAAGAAGCGGAACAAAGGCAAGAAAGAUAGUACCCCGACUGAUACUGAGUCUUCCGAAAAAUCGAUUAACAGUGGUAACACGGCAACGACCUUGGUAGAUGAUGCACCGGAGCCCAAACCACAGCUCCCGGUCGUUGAACAAGCCGAAGUACAGAAGGAACCAGCCAAGAAGAAGUCGAAAAAAUCCAAGAAAUCCAAGGGACAGGACGAUACAUCGACCCUGCAGCAGGAUAACGAUAACAAAUAUCAAGAGAAUGUGCAGCAACAGAAUGCCAAAAAUCUGAAGGAGAAGGAAAAUUUGGCACACAAGCUGUGCGAUAACAUAACGGAGGAACUGAGCAAGGUGGUUCUGGCGUGUGUGGACGUUAUUGAUUUUGGUUUUUUCUUCUAUCGGUCAUACUAAGCCUUGCCGAGUUUUGUGCUGGUUGAGUUUUUUUUUUGCUUGGUUUGGCUGACCAGUUGACCAGCUUUGGUUCUAUUUUGCUUGUUUCCGUUUCGGACUUUCUGUUAUCUUACUUUGGUCCUGUAGUUGAAUUUUACCUUCUUUUCUUUGUAAAUAUGAUGUUUCUUGGCGUGAUGUAUAAUCCUUCGAGUCGGAAAUAGGCUACGGAUAGCUUUUAAGGUUCCGGUCUUUCGGGUGUAUGUCUAUCAAUUCAUACAGAGAUACACGGGUUUAGAAUAAUCGGAACAUUAAAACAACUUCCGGAUUAGUUCACCCCGUUAGCCGGUCAAUCGUUGUGGAAAGUUUUUCGUUUUUAGUAUAUAGCUAGCACUAAAAUGGUUUGUUUUUCAGCACCUGUUGUUUUAUUUUCACGCUUGGUUCUUUUUGCCAGUACUCACCUGCCG